AACUGGAACGGAAGAGGAUAAGAGAGUUCUGGAGAAGAAGCGUGAGGAGAAGGCCAAGAAGAAGCAAGACCGCAAAUCCAAGAGAUACGAGGACGAUGAGGAUGACAACGAAAGUGGCGAGUGGGAGAAGGUCAAGGGCGGCGUCCCGCUGGUCAAGGAGAAGCCCAAGAUGUUUGCCAAAGGCACAGAGAUCAACCACGCGGUGGUGGUGAAGAAGCUCAAUGAGAUCCUCCAGGCCCGGGGAAAGAAAGGCACGGAUAG